CACCUAGCCAUCACCAUCCUCCUCUUCCACACACCAUCAUACAGUUCCAAUCCGCCACCAUGCCCAAAGUUACCUCCUCCACACAGACGAAAACCCUCUCCGUCCAGUACGGGGGGGCAAGCCUUCCGGGUGGCCCUACACCGCCAUGAACAUCACCGUCCUUCUCAGAUCAUGACGGCGAUUCGGCGUGCCUGCAACGCCCACCACCCCCAGCUACGCCUGGUCAACAGCUCCAAUGACCACGUCCGGCUUUGGUGGGACCUGCUCAGCGACAAUGCCACCUACUACCUCAAAAGGGCCUCCGAGGUCAUCGACCAAAACGAGCAGCCCAAACGGGAUCGCGCCCCCGAGAGCCGCCUCGCCGCCAUCAUGCAGGCCUGGGGCCUCGAAACCCCCUACGACAUCCUCCCCGCAAGCAUCGCGCCGCGGGUUCCCCUCCCCGACGGCAGCAAAACCGACGAGGAGGACGCCGACCUCGUCGACCCGAACCUGUGGUCCAACAGGUUCUUGAGAGCACUUUGGACACUCGCCGCGGUCAUGGACCGAGAGCGUACUUUGGGCUAUAUCGCCCAGGUGAUGGAGAGCAGGCAGGGCAGCUACAAGAACGAGCUGUACCUCGUGCCGGAGGUGCUGGUUUCGGACCUGGAAAAAGCGCGCCAGUUGUACUUGGCGUCGCUGCGGGAGAUAGCAGAAGAGGCGGGAGACCAGGCGACGUAUGCCGGAGGGCUGCGGGAGGGAAUCGAGGAGGUGGAAGAGGAGAUGCACAUUGAGGAUGGGACGACGCUGGGGAACAUGCAGCUGUAA